AUGGCCGCCAUGUCAGAUUGGCUCAUCGUAGCCGCACAUCGCAUACCGUGUUUUCUUUCAAAGGCGACGUUUCCAAUGAAUAAGGCCAUUAACUCCAAUUCUUCAACCAGGUUGCACGAGGGGGAAUAUUUGAACAAUUAUGCUGUAACACGAUUUGGACAACUUUUCUGCUUAACCGGUACAUCUAUCUAUCUAUCUAUCUAUCUAUCUAUCUAUCUAUCUAUCUAUCUAUCUAUCUAUCUAUAUGUAUUUCACCAGAAUGAUAUCUAUCUAUCUAUCUAUCUAUCUAUCUAUCUAUCUAUCUAUCCCAGUCUGAUCAUAUCUAUCUAUCCCAGUCUGAUCAUAUCUAUCUAUCUAUCUAUCUAUCUAUCUAUCUAUCUAUCUAUCUAUCUAUCUCAGUCUGAUCAUAUCUAUCUAUCUAUCUAUCUAUCUAUCUAUCUAUCUAUCUAUUCAAGAAAUGGUAUCUCUAUCUGUUCAUAUCUCAAUCUGUUCAUAUGUAUGUAUGUAUCUAUCUAUCUAUCUAUCUAUCUAUCUAUCUAUCUAUCUAUCUCAUCUGUUCAUAUCUAUCUAUCUAUCUAUCUAUCUAUCUAUCUAUCUAUCUUAUUUUUUUCUAAUCUAUCUAUCUAUCUAUCUCAGUCUGUUUCUAUCUAUCUAUCUAUCUAUCUAUCUAUCUAUCUAUCUAUCUAUCUAUCUAGCUAG